GGCAAUACACUGCUGUACUUUCAUUUCAGCGUUUGGCUUGACACUUGAGUUGACAGUUGACUGAUGAAACAACUUCUAUUUAUAAAUAUGUGCUACUUAACAGCUUAAUAGUAAUUUAGUUUAUUCUUUUGAAAAAGAUACAAUCAUUAUUUUGGAAUAAAUAUGGCAGAAAAAUCUGAGAAAACCACAGAUGGGAAUGGGGACAAGAAUGAACCUAAAGUACACCCUGCGGACAUGGGUUUGGUGGAUUUGAUGAAACACUUGGAAACCAAGGAGCCUCCAAAGCAAGAGUUAUCUUCUGUGGAUUUAGCAGGAAUUGUCCAGUUCAUUAAAGACAAGAAGGCCACAAACAUCAUCACAAUGGCCGGAGCAGGAAUAUCAACAUCGGCUGGUAUCCCAGACUUCAGGUCCCCGGAGACAGGACUGUACCACAACCUAGAGAAGUACAACCUCCCCAACCCACAGGCCAUAUUCACUCUGGACUAUUAUCAGGAAAAUCCUGAGCCCUUUUGUAUGUUAGCAAGAGAACUGUGGCCCGGGACUUUUAAGCCAACACCAUGUCAUUAUUUCAUUAAAAUGCUGGAUGAACGUGGACUGUUAAAACGACACUACACACAGAACAUUGAUACUUUAGAGAGUAUGGCUGGCCUGGAUCCUGAUAAGCUUGUGGAAGCUCAUGGGUCAUUCAGUAAGUGUCACUGUCUGAAGUGCCGGGAAUACUACUCACAGGACUGGAUGAAGGGGAAAAUUUUAGACAAAGAACUGGAAAUUCCAAAGUGUGAGAGGGAAGAUUGUGAUGGAAUAGUUAAACCUGAUAUUGUUUUCUUCGGGGAGAGGCUGCCUGUAAGAUUUGCCCAUUGCGUCUCGCAGGAUUUUAGUUCAUGUGACUUGCUGAUAAUUAUGGGGACGUCUCUAACCGUGCAGCCAUUUGCUUCACUUACAAGCAGAGUUCCAGAGGAGACUCCAAGGCUGUAUAUCAACUUAGAGAAGACAGGAACCGGACCAACUAAUCCAUUUGCUAUGCUUAUGUUUGGAGGUGGUUUCAAAUUUGAUGAUGAAGAUAACUACAGAGAUGUCUUCUUGGAGGGUACUUGUGAUGAUGGCUGUUACAAACUGGCAGACAUGUUAGGAUGGGGAGAUGAACUUCGCAAAAGAGUGAAACAGGAACAUAAGAGAAUUGAUGACGAAAAUGUUGGUCAGAAAGGAAAUACAAAAUCAACUUCAUCACCAAAAACCAAAGCCAAGCAUUAAUGUUAAAUCCAUCAAGAAUUUACAGUUCAAUGGAUUUUGAAAAUGCAAAGCAUCAAUUGUGAUUUGGACAAGUGGCCCUUCCAGUGGUGGUUCAUCGGUUAGAUGUUCAGGGUCCCAUUCAAAUUCCACAUUUAGGAGCUUUUCAUAAUGCUCUAGCCAAGUUUUCUCCUUUGCUUCUUGGUUCAAUGACAUCUCACCUGCGUCAUUCUUUACUGGUUUGUCGCCCACAACAUCAACAUUCUCCCUUUAUACAUUGAUACAUGUACAUAAGUUUUGACAUUAUAGUCAUUACAAUCAUUAAGAUGAUUUUUCAUGUACCACCAGACUUUUUCAUUUUUGAAUGUUAUUGUAUAGAUGUAAUGAUAUAUUUUGUAUGAUCAUGUAUAGAUUAUUUACAUUUGGGUUUUUUAUUCAGCAUUGGAUUUUUUUUUUUAAUUUAAGGUUCAUGCACCCUCAUAUCCUACUAAAAAAAAAACCACAAAAAACUUUACAACUUUCAUUUAAUCACAUUAAUCUUCCACAUAAAGUUUUAGCAUACACACCAUCCCAGUCAUUUAUGUUAAUAUAAACGAGCAUCUCAUUCAAAGAGUAUAUCCUUAUGUCACACUGUAUUUAAUAGAUAUAUAUUUAUUUGGUGUUAAAAUGGAAUCUAAUGUAUUAGCAUUUACCCGUGUUUUGUUCGUGGUAAUUUUGUACUUUUUUUAAUGCAUUGUUUUUAGCUCGCCGGAGCGGAAAGCUCAAGUGAGCUUUUCUGAUCGCCUGUUGUCCGUCGUCUGUCCAUUUGUAAACCUUUUUACUUUUUCAACUUCUUCUCCAGAACCACUGGGCCAAUUAUAACCAAACUUAGCCAAAAGCAUCCUUGGGUGAAGGGCUUUCAAGUUUGUUCACAUGAAGGGCCAUGCCCUCUUCAAAGGGGAGAUAAUCGCAAAAAUAGGGUGGGGUCAUUUAAAAUUCUUCUUCUCAAGAACCACUGGGCCAGAAGAGCUGAGAUUUAUAUGUAAACUUCCUGACAUAGUGCAGAUUCAACUUUGUUAAACUCAUGACCCCUGGGGUUAGGAUGGGGCCAAAUUAGGGGAUCAAAAUUUUACAUGCAAAUAUAUAGGGAAAAUCAUUAAAAAUCUUCUGAAAAAUCACUGGCCAGAAAAGUUUACAUUUACAUGAAAGCUUCAUGACAUAGUGCAGAUUCAAUUUUGUAAAAAUCAUGGCCCCCAGGAGUAGGUUGGGGCCGCAAUAGGGAUCAAAGUUUUACAUUCGAAUAUAUAAGAAAAAUCUUUAUAUACAUGUAUGAGCUACGGUGACUCUGGUGAGCGAUGUGGCCCAUGUGCCUGUUGUUUCAGUUAUAGCACUGACCUUUCAUUUGCUAGAAGAUAUAGAUAUUAGGAGUCCAGGUUAUUUGUAUUGUGAGGAUAUAAAAUCAGCAUUGUUUUAUAUCUCCAUAAUACACCGUACUAUUAACCAAGAAAUUCAAUAUGCCAUUAGAAAGUUCGCUCUGAACUUCAAGUUUUCUUAAUGGUUAUAACAAACAUGCCUAUGAUGAAUUCCCACUUAUUGCGAAGUGAUAUUUAUUGCCCUUGUGACAGGAAAAUCACAACAAACAAAGGUUACAAUGAACUGUUUUUGCUGGCCAUAGACGUUCAUUAUAACCAUGUUUUACUGAAUAACGAAGUUUGGUUAUAAUGAUGUUUUUUGCUGGUUCUGGAGAUUCACUAUAACCGUGUUUUACUGUAUAUUGAAGUUUGGUUAUAAUGCACUGUUUUUUGCUGGCCCUGGAGGUUUGCUAUAACCGUGUUUUACUGUAUAGUGAUGCUUGUUAUAAUGAACUGUUUUUUGCUGGUCCUAGAGGUUUGCUAUAACCUUAUUUUACUGUACUAAUUGUACAAGUGUACAAGUAUUUUAAUAUCAUUGACUGUUUUAUGCUAUAAACUGGUAUUUUUUGUUGUUAUGUGGUAAAUUAUUUUUAUGAUGUUACUGUACUCUAUUUGUAGGUGUUGAUACUAAUCAUUUCUUAUUGACUGCAAGUCAUAUCCAACAAAAGUGCAAUAUGUCAUAUUGAUGAGUUCCUGUGAUAAUGAUGUGUUUCUAUUAACUGCUUUACUCUAUCAAUCUAAUUAAGAUAGAUCCUUGACCCUCCCUACAUGAGUGGAUCAAAGAAUCUAAUUUCAAUUACAUUGCAGACAGCAAAACUUUUCAUUUAAAUGACACAUGCAGUAAAUUAUUUAUGACC